AUUGUGACGUUGAUGUUCUCAUUGUUAUCAUCGAAGCCUUAGUGUUAAAACCAGCGUUCCUCCUUUGUACUCUCCAUCAUCAUCCCUUGCAGCGUUUUCCUUUUCUCUUCUCACAUCAUCAUUCAUCAUUCAUUCCUAACACCCUCUUAGAUCUCAUCGCCUCCACAACCCUUUUUAUUCACAUCCACCCACUUAGCCAUUCCCACCGUUUCGUGCAGAUCACAGUGCCGUUUCAGCUCAGAAGCAGCAAAAAUCGUUUUUUGAUUCGUGGGUUUGGUUCAAAAUGCCUUCUUUCACGGUCCCUUGCCCCAAGUGUCCUUCUUUUCCUCGUUGGGGAUUGAACUCUCAGACCCCACAACGGAACAUGCAGAUUGUCUCUUAUCGGAGCGUGUUGGGAUUGAACAAAUCACUGUCAUUUGGAUCUCUGAGUAGUGAUUUGCCAUCAAAUGGGAUUCAGUGCCCCAACAGGAAGCAAUGUUCUGUCCGGAAGUUUCAAGCACAAUCUAAUGAGGCUGCUACUGUUGAAAAUUCAAAUUCUGCACCUGGACCGGUCAAUGGACCUAAAGUUUCUUCACCAAAAGAGAAAAAUGACCAUAAUGGGAAACCCUCUGGUCCAAGCACUUCUGCAGAUUCAUCUUCAAUUUCUGCAUUUAUGAAUCAAGUUUCAGAUCUUGUUAAACUUGUGGACUCGAGAGAUAUUGUGGAGCUGCAACUUAAGCAAGCAGACUGUGAGCUCAUGAUAAGAAAAAAGGAAGCUUUGCAGCCUCCACCAGUAGUAGUAGCUCCAGCGUUGCAACCGUUUCCAUAUUCCCCAAAUCCUUCUGUGCCACCUCCACCACCGGUCACUAAUUCUGCUCCUGCAAGCCCUCCACCUUCAAAAGCACCACCUGCAUUGCCUUCUGGAAAAGCAAGCACAUCGUCUCAUCCUGCGUUUAAAUGUCCAAUGGCAGGAACCUUUUAUCGGAGUCCAGGACCUGGUGAACCUCCAUUUGUCAAGGUGGGAGAUAAAGUGCAAAAAGGACAGGUUGUUUGCAUUAUUGAGGCUAUGAAACUGAUGAAUGAAAUUGAAGCUGAUCAAUCAGGAACAAUAGCUGAGAUACUAGCAGAGGAUGGGAAACCAGUCAGUGUAGACAUGCCUCUUUUCGUUGUUGUACCAUGAAGUACGGAAAUGGACCUAACUCGAAGUUGAUGGAAACUUCACUUUGUUAGAUAACAUGCCACAGGAUUCUUAUAAUUAUAUGGCACGACCUUUUCAUUAUUCAAAUUUCUUAUGCGAUAAUGUUUGUCACAUUUUAGGAAGUUGUUCCUCUCUAUUUUUUUUUUCUUUCUAAGAGACAUUUUAGACAUAAAAGCCUUAGCAUAUAUCAAAAGGAAUAUUGGAAAUCAUUGCUCUAAACAGUUUUGGUAUUUGUAAUUAAAACGGUUUUUUUAACCUAAAUAACUAUGCACUUAAUUAGAU